AUGAAGCUAUUUAUCAUUUCUUUCAUGUUAGUGUUUCACGCUCAUCGACUAUCAUUUCUGAACGGUUUAAUGGAGCUAUUUAUUUACUGAUAUUAUAAGUGAUUCUUGAAUGUUCAAGAAAGGGCUGUCUUAUUAACAAUUGAUGGGAUAAUAUUAUCAUAGAGACCUUUGGGUGCUUGUUGAACGAUGUAAAUUGCAUCAAUUUAGGAUAUUCAUAAUACCAGUCUGAUGACAUAUAGAAAAGGAGAUUGGAUCUUUGUGCUUCCUAGUUAGCACCUAUUGCUGUUAGCUUGAUCCAUGUUUCCUUUUUUUGGCUCAAGAAUUUGUUUCAGUUUUGUUCGGUCAUGUGAUUAUGCUAUGUCAUUUAGGUUGGGUUAGUUUUGAGCUUUUAAGAUAUAUUAAAUGUUCAGGCUGUUAGAAUGCUAAAUUAUCUGACUACUUGUAGAGGAAUUACUUUUGAAUAGUUUAGUGCCACUAUGAGGUAGCGCUGGAACUCAUCCUAUUAAAUGUAAGCUGCAGAGUGAAAAUGUUUUUCUUUGGUUUACCCUCGGAAGCGCUCCGUCUCCAAUUGAGUCAGGUAGAUUAGGUAAGCGCUUUUUGGUUGAUGUUUUCUUUUGUUUUGCUGUUAAUUCUAUGCACAUCUGAUGUGCGUGUGCCUCACGGACGCUUGUUUAUGUUAGUAAGCAUACAGUGUGGUUACAAAUUGAUUUGCUUGUAAUGUUGCCGGGACAUUCAAUCAUUUACUUUCUUGUCUUUUUCGUACUGCUUAUUUCUGUCCUGUUGGUAUUUUAUUUUCAUUGACAUUCAUUUGGAAUACUUCAAAGGUUAUCUCUUUGCUAAAUUAUAUACUAUAAUAUUAAAGUGAUUCUUGACUAUACUUUAAAGACAAUAUUAUUGAUCAUACUUAAUGUAAGGGAUCUCAAUGGAUUAAUGAAUGAAAUUAGGAUACUAAUAGAAUUCAUUACGUAGAAAACUUUUUGUGCUUUUGGACAAUGUGAAAUGAAUGAAAUUAGGAUUUUCAUAAUACCUUUCUGAUGGCAUAAAGCCCUGGAAUAGCCCGAUUGUAUCUUUGUACUUCCCAGUUAGGGCAUCUCCAAUCCAAACCAUAUAGAUAGUCUUUCCUUAAUGUCUUUGUGUCCACCCUUAUAGAAGCACAUGUCUCAGUUUUGCUAAGUGAUGCGGUAAGGCUAUUUUUUGGUUUUAAUUUAUGCUGAUACCUAGGAUGUUUGCUGUGCUUUGUUUUAGUUUAAUACUGAACUGAAAUUUUGAUUUUUUUUUUCAAAACCAAGCUGAAUUUCAUAACAAUCUUAAAUUUUCUAACCAAACCAGUCAGUUCUGCUGAUUAUUUUGGUCGGUUUGUAUCAAAAUUAAAUUGAAACGUUUUACUUUCAAGCCAAACUGAAAAAUCAACAAAAUUUAUCAAUUCAAACCAAUUUGUUGGUUCAGUUCGAUUAUUUAGUUUGCUUUGAUUUUUACACACCCCUACUCAUAGUGGUUUAGUGUCAUCUAUUAGGCAACACUAAAACUCAUUUAACAUGUUUGUAUGUUGUUAUGCUGCACGGUGAAUAUGUUUCUCUUAGUCCUUCAUUCUUGAAAUUCGGUGUGCCAUUGAAUCAAAUAGAUCAUAGAAGUUCUUUUUGAUUGAUGUUUUAUUUAUGCUAAUAACAGUUAUUAUGCCCCUGUGAUGUGCCUCCGCAUAUCCUUGUUUCUGUUAGCGAGAAACUUUUCGUUAGUGAUACAGCUGCACCAUUGACUAGGUGAGUCGAUUAGUUGUUUCCUGUGGGUCUGUUAUUUGUAUUAACAGCUCAGUUUUGUUUGAUUUAGUGAAGUUCUCUUUGCUGAUUUAUCUAUUAUAUCAACAAAAUGAUUCUUGAAUAUUCCUUUUAAUUGACGGUUAUCGAUGGACGGUAUGUUUUGUGUUUCAUUUGCGUAGUUAGCUUUGAAUGAGUUUUGAAUCAUGAACUAGGAAACUAUACUGUUUGGUGUAUGCUAGAUUUCUGCUGAGUUCAUAUUUGCCCACUUAUCAUUUUUGUCAUUCUAACUUUGAACUAUGAUUUUUUAAAUGCUUAUACAAUAGUUGUGCCACUUCUAUGACCAGCUAAUGAGUAUUUGCAAUAGAAAAUCUUUAAUUAUUGCUAACUCUUUCGAUCAUUAAAUAUUCUAGCAUAGCAAAUGCCUCAUUAGUUUGUCGCACAAAUGACGUAGCACAAUUGUUGCGAUAUAAUUAUUCAUGUUCUUUUUGGAAUACUCUUUUUUAAUAAUGCUUUUCAUUUAAUUUUUCCUUUUCUCAUGUACAUGGCAAGAUUUUUAAAGAAAAGAACAGUUUUCAAUUCAUUAUAAAUUAUAAAUUAUAAAUUAGCUAUUUAUUCUUACAUAGUAGUCAUGUAAGUAAAGAAACAUUAUAAUCGAAAUGUUUAUUUUAAAUUUAAUAUACGUUCGAUUCAUUGUAAACUGACAUUUUUCUCAAUUCUCUUUGAGAUAAUAUGUAUAAUUUGGUAUUGCGGAAUUGGUAAUAUAGUCUAGUCGAUAAUUGGAGCCACAGAAGCAAUUUAGCUGAAUUAAAAAAGAAAAAAAGAAAAAAAGUGGGCUCAGGUGUGCAGAAGAAGUCUUAGCGUAUUGAUGGUGUACUAAGGAAGUUCCAAUGUGCAAAAGUUUGUCUAUUUAUAGGAUGAUUGCAGAACAAUCACUACCAAGCUUAAACAGCCAUGCCUAGACACAUUCCUCUAGAUAUCCUUAUGGAAAUACUCUCAAGGCUUCCCGUCAAACCUCUACUCCGAUUCAAAAGCGUAUCCAAAUCAUGGUACUCUUUGAUCUCCACCAAUCCUCGAUUUGUCGAGUUACAUCUCAAACGUGCAAAGCAAGACGCUGCUCUUAGUCAUCACAGACUCUUCCUCUGUACUUGUCCUUCACAAUCUCUUGACAUGGAGGAAGCUUACUUCGAGUUUGUAACAAGACAACACAAUUUUCCGGUCAGGGAUCCAGAAGAGUUCGAUUUCGAGUUCGUCGGAUCUUGCAAUGGCUUGAUUUGUGCAUUACUUGACAAAAAAAUCAUUGUUUGGAAUCCAACUACUGGAGAAUCUAGACAGUUACCGAAACCGGAUUCUGUUACGGGUGGUCAUAAGAUACUCUUCCAUGGAUUCGGAUAUGAUUUUCGUCUCGACGAUUAUAAACUAGUAAGAGCCGCACAUUCUUCUUCUACCAAUCAACUUAAAAUGGAAAUCUUUAACUUAAAAGAAAAUGUUUGGCGAUCAGCCGACAACGUCCUCCAUUUCGAUUGCGUCUUAGAGUGCUCUCCGGUUGCUCUAAAUGGGGUUUUGCAUUGGCUAGUCUAUCAACGUGAUAGUACUAAAUAUGCGAUAUAUUCAUUUGAUUUGGUCGAGGAGAAGUAUCUCGAGAUUGUAAUAGUACCUGAUCAUGUUUCAGAAUAUUUGGAUAUUGAGUCGAAGAUUCUAAAAGAGAGUUUAUGUGUAUGUUCGUGUUGUUAUCCAGAAGAUUACGAGGCGUGGAUGGCGAACGGGUAUGGCAGCGAAGCGCGUUGGACUAAACUGUUCAGUGUCUGGAGCGAGCAACUUCCGUUAUAUGAAAAGUCACUUCAUGUUUUAUGGGUUGCAAAGAAUGAUAAUAAAUCGGGUUGGUUUGAAGCAAUUACUUACAUGGAGACCAUCGUUUCACCAAAUGCGUAUAAUUCAUCGACCGAUCAGUAGCCGCUGCAGCUGAAUUUCAGAAAUUUUCUCAGUUAACAAAAACGAAAGCCGAAACAUAGGAGUGAACAAGUUUAUGUAUGCAUUUUAUACAUAUAAUAUAGUAAGCUGUCUUGUGUUUUGUGUCUUCUCUUUGUAAAUAAGCUGUAUUGAUUGUGUGUGA